AUGAGCGAGAUCCCUCACCCCACUAUCCAGGAUGGCUGGUUCUCCGAGCGCUCCUCCAUGUGGCCCGGCCAGGCCAUGAGCCUCAAGGUCAACCAGGUCCUGCACCACGAGAAGUCCAAGUACCAGGACGUCCUCGUCUUCGAGAGCAGCGACUACGGCAAUGUUCUUGUCCUCGACAAUGUCAUCCAGUGUACCGAGCGCGAUGAGUUCUCCUACCAGGAGAUGAUCACCCACCUUGCCAUGAACUCCCACCCCAACCCCAAGAAGGUCCUCGUCAUCGGUGGUGGUGAUGGUGGUGUCCUCCGUGAGGUCGUCAAGCACGAGUCCGUCGAGGAGGCCGUUCUGUGCGACAUCGAUGAGGCCGUCAUCCGUCUCUCCAAGAAGUACCUCCCUGGCAUGUCCGUCAGCUACCAGCACCCCAAGGUCUCCACCCACAUCGGUGACGGCUUCGAGUUCCUUAAGGCCAAGCAGAACGAGUUCGACGUUAUCAUCACCGACUCCUCUGACCCCGAGGGCCCUGCCGAGAGCCUCUUCCAGAAGCCCUACUUCGAGCUUCUCCGUGACGCUCUCCGCGAAGGCGGUGUUAUUACUACCCAAGGUUCCGAGAACCAAUGGCUCCACCUUCCCCUGAUCGUUGACCUCAAGAAGGCCUGCGGUGAGGUCUUCCCCGUCGCCGAGUACGCCUACACCACCAUCCCCACCUACCCCUCCGGCCAGAUCGGCUUCAUGGUCUGCUGCAAGGACGCCACCCGCAACGUUCGUGAGCCUGUUCGCUCCUGGACCCGCGAGGAGGAGGAGCGCCUGUGCCGCUACUACAACCAGGACAUCCACCGCGCCAGCUUCGUUCUGCCUAACUUUGCUCGCAAGGCUCUUGGUGCUUAG